AAUAUAAUUCUUGUUAUCGGCGUGAUUUUGUUCGGAAAUAAAAUGAACGUUGAAUUUAUAUCAGUAGAAAAUAUACAACCAUCCCAAUCAGAAACGAAUUUAAGAUGCACGAGGUCAUCAGCGAAAAAUGCCACCUCCACGAUGGAUUCACAGAAAUCGUCAGAGAUCACCAUUGAACUAAGGCAGAAAGCUGAUACUAAAACUAAACAACGAAAGUUCCAUUGUCCCGUUUGUAAAAUGUCGUUUACAACUAAGAAAGCGUGCGAACUGCACAGUGCAAAUCAGCACAACGGUGCAUCAGAUUACAAGUGCGAUGUGUGUGAAACUACCUUUGAUCAUAUCGACAAGCUUUCCAAUCAUGUACGUAAGCAUGAUCGGAAAACUUCUGAGUCCGAACGGUAUCAGUGUAAUAUAUGCCUACAAUGCUUCAAAGUCCUCAGCGAGCUUGAAUCUCACGUGAGCCAGCAUUUUGAAUUGGACGUGCGAUACAAAUGCACCAUUUGUGAGAAUGCUUUUUUCGAUGUCGAUCGUCUUGUAAAGCAUACAACUUCCAUGCAUAGCAACAAUUCAAACAUCUCAUUCGACUGCUACGUUUGCGGUAAUUUAUUCGCGUCGACUGAUGAAUUUGUCAAACACGACCAUGACCACAAAACGCAAUCGGUCUCUCUGAAUUGCUCCGAAUGUGGCGAAACGUUUUCAUCGCUACUUUCGUUGAAUUCACACAGAAAAACGCAUACCACACCACGUACACAACCGUAUGCAUGCCAAAAGUGUACGCUCCGAUUCUCACGGUCAGAGGAUCUGCAUAAUCAUAUUCGAGUCCAUGAUGGAAAAUCGAUCUAUUCGUGUGUUCUGUGUGACCGAAUGUUUGCUCAUUCAAAGAAUUUAACCAAUCACGUUCAUAAAAGUCAUCAAUCCUGCUUUGCCGCCGACGAAAUGGAUCUUAUUGAUUUUGUGGUUGAAGCUGAAGUGGCGUCUCAGGUGGAUCGAAAUAAAAUGGAAAGAAUCCCAGAGAAUGAAGAUGUUCAAUUGGACGGCGAUGUAUUCAAAUUGAAUGUAAGAGAGUUGGUAACGAAGUAUAUGAACAGAGAAAUCCCUUCGUCAGUUCCAUCGCUGCGGCUGUUAUUAUUUCAACGUCCACCAUACAUUCCUGAAAACACAACGAGAAAGCUCACGGAAUUAUUUCGAAAGUACAGUUGUCCAUUAUGUGAUCUAGUUUUCGUCAAAGCAAAAACUUUAGAAAUUCACUGCAAGCGUAACCACUACGGAAAGUACACAUUAGAUCAGUUAAAGGAUAUCCAGACGACCGCAGACCGGAAUUCGUCGGAAUCAUUUGCUAGAGCAAUACUGAAUACUCGUAUCACCGUCCUACCGAAACAUGAAUGUCCUAGUUGCAAUAAAAUGUACGAAUCACGUCAGGAGUUGAUCGAACAUCUGAAUCUAGAUCACAACGGCAAUAGCCCAUUCAAAUGUGCUGAGUGUGUUGAAACAUUCACCAAAUCAAACGAACUAGCUGCACAUGUUCUCAAUCAUCCAGUUAAAAGGCACGAAUGCAAAUAUUGUCGGUUAACAUUUAUGAACUUGUAUUCAUUGGGAAAGCAUACAAAAAGACACGAAGGUCCGAACACCGAGACUUGUUCCAUUUGUAAUAUUCCGUACAGGGAAAAGAAGGAUCUUGUUAAGCACAUGCGAAUUCAUGCAGAUGGAAAGCCCCACAAAUGUCUGUUCUGCGAUAAAAGAUUUGCUCAAUCGUGCGAUCGUCAAAAGCACAUGAGGAUCCAUACAGGUGAACGUCCAUAUGUGUGUAAAAUUUGUGGUAAAUCUUUCGCCCACCUUACAAGCAUUAAAAAACACAACUAUGUCCAUACUGGUGAACGAGCUUUUCAAUGUACCACAUGCGGAAAGAGUUUCCAGCACUCCAGUAAUUUGGUCGUUCACAAUCGAACACAUACUGGCGAACGUCCGUACAAAUGUAAAAUAUGCGAGAAAACUUUCUACGCAUCUGGUCACUAUGUCGACCAUAUGAAGAUUCACAUCGGGAUUAAGAACUACGAAUGCGAGGUGUGCAAAAAGAGUUUCAUUCAUUUGAGUAGCUUUCAAAAACAUAAACGGGUUCACUCAGGCGAAAAACCUUACGUCUGCCAAUUUUGCAAUCGAGCAUUUUCUCAAAGUGGCCACUACAGAGAACACGUCAUGAUUCACAGCGGCGAAAAGCCGCACAAAUGCAACAUUUGCGGGAAAAGUUUUCGGCGCUCCGAUGCCCUGCAUUGUCACCAAAAAACGCACAAAAAAGAGAUUAGUGUGUCGGUGGCCGAGGUGAAAGAUGAAACCAACGCUGCAAUUAUGCCAACGUACACCCUCAGCGAUAUAACGUUUAGUGACGAUGGAAACCUACACCAGAUGCAAUUGUCCGAUCAGCAUCACCAAUCGGAAUUGAUAACUGAAGUCAGUCAUAGUGACAUCGAAUCGAUAACAGUUGUUCGAACGCAUCAAAACGAUAUGAGUGGCGAUCAGACUAUCAGUACUUUUAGCUGUAAUUUUAUUUUGUAAAAGAUUUACCUAGGGAGCUGUUUAGUAUUUCAAAUGGUCAUUAGACUCUCAACAAAGAUAGAUAUAGAGCAGCGAUUAUAUAUUUACGAAAUUAUCUAAAUGUAAUAAAAAUUCAAAUUUACCCUUUGCACCAAU